AGUGGCAACAUUGGGUUUAUGUCAAACGAAGUUGCGGAUUUUGUUGUUAGAUUUUAAACGCAGGUGACCGUUGGGGUUUUGAAAAUAGUGAUGAAUUCCUAUUACAGCAGCGACGAAGAAGUCGCUUGGGGUCCCAUAACACUGCGAGAAAUUAAAGGCGACUUGAAGAGAUCCCGGCGCAAACCUGAAAGAAGGCAUACGAUACACCCCUCUUCAAAGAACGAAGCCCACGUUUGCCCAAAAAUAACAGUGGAACCUCCAACGUUUUGCCAUCAGAUGGAAAAUAACGUUUCCUCAACCUGUGACGAGUAUUACAGUCCUAACGAGUCGACGACAAGUUCCCGCUUCGAUAUAAAUGAUGAUUUGGUCCAAGACAGCUCCACAUACUUCACAGCAUCAGACACAAAAGCUACCAUGGAUAAAAGUCCUUUGAGAAUUCAAAAUCACAAGGAUAUAUUAGAAACGAAUGACUCUUUGAUCCAUGACAGCUCUGCGUACCUAACAGCAUCAGACACAAAAGCCACCGCGGCUACAAGUCCUGCGAGUAUUCAAAAUCACAAUGAUACUCAUAUUGACUUUGUAAAAGCGGCAAUGAACAGAAACUCUUAUUUCGACAUUCAGAACUUCCAUCACACCCUGGUAGAACCCACGGUGCUUUGUUCCGAACAGAGUUUUAACAAUUCGUGUCCUAACAAUAGCAUAGAAUCUCAAGAAGGAGUUAUCGAAAUAUCCAGUGACGAAGGUGAAAGUUUUGAAGGGGACAGCAGGAAUGUUAAAGACGAAAAAUACAGUUGCGGAAAAAUCAGUAUCGGUAGUGAGGGUUUCCCUGAAAGGAAUCGUAGCCUUCAUGAAAUUGAGGAAAGCUCGAUAUAUAAGAGAGAGGUAUCCGAUGAAGACAUACAAGAAAUAAUGGUACAUAAUAUCACUCUGGAUACGAGUGAAGAAAAAGAAAACUCUUCGAGCGUUGGCACUAGCAGUGGAAACAUAAAUGAAGACAGUUUGAACUCCUCUGAUGAAGUCGAGCAAGAUGAGUCAGAUACUUCGGCUUUUGGGAAACGUCUUGGAAAAUCACGGGAUGAAAAUUUGUCGGCAAGAGAUUCAAAUUCUGAUGACGUUGUGUGUAUCGACGAAGCAAAUGAUUCGGAUAUUGAGAAGGAAUACUCUAUCCGCAACGCUAAAGAGUCCUUCAGUAAAUGUUUUGAAGAGUUUGAAGGAUCAAAUAAACUGAAUAGAAGGACAAGCGAGGAAAGUUCCGACUAUGAAAACAAUUAUGGUAGUUCUUCGGAUGAGUUUGUUGGCGGUGAUGAUAAAUUUGAGGUAUCUUUUGAUUCGUCUCAAGCGAGACGUGAAGGGAGGCGCCUUGAAUCUGUCGAGGAAGAAAAGUGCAGCAAUUAUAGUAAUGAUAGUCUGGAAAGUGCUAGAAAGUCAUCUAGUAAGCUCUUUGAAGAAGUUGAAGAAUCGAGUACACUGAAUAGAACGACAAACAAAGUGAGUUCUGAAUGUGACAAGGAGCAUGGUAGUUUUUCGGGUGAAAUGGGUAGCAUUGAAGAUAAAGUCGAGGCAUCUUUUGAUCGGUCUCAAACGAGACAUGGAGGGAGGCGCCUUGAAUCUGUAGAGGAAGAAAGGGGCAGCAAUGAUAGUAAUGAAAGUUUGGAAAAUGAAAAAGUGGAAAAUAUUCACCAAGGGAUAAUUGAAUCGCACAACGUAACAGACCUGUUCAAGAGCGAACAUCUUCCUAGAAACUGCAACAUUUCUCCCGUUGCGAUUCCUAAUAUUGACUUCGCUCAGUUCGACGACUCUUAUGACGCUCUUUCCCAACUCAACGACACCAUGGAGAUGAUGGAUAAGCUCCUAAAUCAAGCAAAUAACGCGUCUCUUGCAGACAGCGAAAGUUCCGAUAGGGACAUCCGCAGGGUGUCUGAGAAGAGUAACCAUGACGAUAUUAUAUCGGCAUCUUUUCUUCAAAAACCAAACCCAGAUCUGUUGUAUUCCGAAGAGAAAACUACUCCGCUCAACAGCAAGGUCACCAAAACUACUCCAAAUGGCAGAUCCGAACCGAACUCAGCACUGAAAGAAAAACAGCUGAACCGUGUAACCCCAGCGAUGAGUACCAAGAGCUUUAUACCAAAACUAAAAAAAUCACCAUCCGGCGACAACUUCAAAAUUCCCGUGACACCCGUCUGGCAAAAAUUACCGUCCAAAACUUCCCCCAGAACGUGCUCCAACUUCAGGAACAUCGUCAGCCCCGUUGGAAUGUACAUCCGCCAUAGUCCGCAGCCCGUACUGAAAAAGAAUGUAGACCCGACGAGGAUGGGCAGGGUUAAAGUCGAAACGUCUCCUUCGCAUAACCACAAGAACAAGGAGAACCUGGAUAACCUCCCCGCGGUUAUAUACAAACCAGGCAAGACGCAAAUCACCACAGCGGAAAGGAAGCAGGCUUUGCCGCCUUCCAUCGAGAAAAUGAUUUUGGAGCCGGGUCUUACUAGGCACGAUAGAAAGUUGGUACGGUACAAGAGCCCAGCGAAGAUCACGGCGGAACUAGCGACCGGGGUUGAGCUCACUAGGAGUUCCAUCAGCGACAGCUUGUUGGAGGAUCCCUGUACGGACGUGUCGAUAUUGCACAAGAGAGACCGACCGUUUUUGAAGUGAAACUGACCACCGUCCGAGUGAAACCAAAGCGGUCACACUGUACAUACAAUAGAAAUGAGAAUAAUCAUAGUUAGAUAUUAUUAUUUCAAUAUAUUUUAAGUAUUGUCAGUUAUCUGACUUUUAAUCAUUUUUUAUGUCAUCUGCUCAGAUUUUUUUAUGUGCUCAUCUAUUUUAUGCUUUAUACUUUUAUAUAUUUUCUGUAAAUAGUGUGCUAUCAUACUUUCAAAUAAACUAGUUUUAUUUUUUGUUUA